CUGGCUAGGUUAUUUUAGUUUCACGUCCAACGACGCACAAUGUCGAGGACUUGCGAAGUCCGCGUAAUAAUAAAUGUGGUACGAUAAUACCUAUAUUAAAAAAACAGACUAAAAAGUGCGGUGUGGAUAACAAUUGUGCAAUAUUAAGUGUUUUAUCGCGACAGAUAUCAUGUUUAUAGAUUGUAAGCUUCCAAUUUUCUGACUAUAAACAGUGAACGAGUAACAAAACUCAUAAACGUAUCGCGUUUCUAAUUACGUUAAUAAUUAAGCACAACGUACUUAAGUUAUUUUGUAAAUAAUGAAUUAUUAAAAUCGGUGCCAAAGAACUUAAAAAAAAAACAGUGACCAAAGACAAUCUGUGAGUGUUGCCAUAAUGCGGAAAAACAGCAAUGGAAGGUUGCAGGAGGAGAAAGAGAAGCUGAACCCUAAUGGAAUGACUCAGAGCCGGUCAAAUCAGCAGUUCAAUGUUGUGAGACGCGUGUACCAGCAGGACGCUCUCAACAAAGACGCCGAUUAUCAAGCGCCUCACCAGCAUUGGAGCUACUGUUUCAGGAAGGUGGUCAGGAGUUGCGGCUUCGCGGAAUGCCUGGUCAACUCCCUGCCCAUCGCCAGAUGGCUUCCCCGGUACAGCCCCAGGAGGUUCCUCGUCAGCGACCUGGUGGCCGGUGCUACCACCGCCGUGAUGCAUAUACCGCAAGGAAUGGCGUACGCGUUGCUGGCGGAAGUGCCGCCCAUCGUGGGGUUGUACAUGGCAUUCUUCCCGGUCCUAGUUUACGUCAUAUUCGGGACUUCGCCCCACGUCUCCAUGGGGACCUUCGCUGUGGCGUGCCUCAUGGCUGGCAAGGUAGUGAGACAACAUGCCACGUUAAAUUUGGAGACGAAUAAUGGAACUUUAGCAGAAGUAGCAGCGUUUAGUACGAGUAGUUUUAAUCCGACAGAAUAUACUCCGUUACAAGUGCUUAGUCUUGUCACGAUAGCUGUGGGGAUAUUUCAGAUGUUGAUGUGGCUUCUGCGACUUGGUGCCGUGUCGACUCUGCUGUCGGAGCCCCUGGUGUCAGGGUUCACCACGGCGGCCUCCUUCCACGUGUUGGCUUCGCAGCUGAGUCAUCUGUUUGGUCUAAAGCUGCCGAAGAGGUCGGGACAUUAUAAGAUUGUUAUGACCGUGAUAGACAUCUGUCAAAAUCUACCGAACACCAAUCUCGCGGCGUUCGUGAUAUCCUUCAUAUCCUGCUUGGUGAUAGCACUCAAUAAUGAAUUACUAAAGCCGUGGGUGAGCAGGCGCAGCCGGGUGCCGGUGCCUGUGGAGCUGCUGGCGAUCGUGGCCGGCACGCUGGUGGCGAAGCUCGCCGGCCUUCAGGAGCGGUACGGGAUCAGUCUCGUGGGGAACAUACCUACCGGGCUUCCAGCGCCCCAAGUGCCUCCAAUGGAGCUGUUCCCGCUGAUAGCCGUGGACGCCUUCACCAUCACGAUGGUGACUUACACCAUAUCGAUGUCAAUGGCGCUCAUCUUUGCCGCGAAGGAGAAAUAUGAAAUUGAUGCGAAUCAGGAACUGUUGGCGCUGGGCGCCAGUAACUUGUUCGGCUCAUUUUUCUUCUGUGCCCCGCUCUGUGCCAGUCUGUCAAGAUCCUACAUACAAUAUCAAGCUGGCGCUAAAACUGGCAUAACAUCCCUUGUGAGUUCCCUGCUCAUACUAUGCGUCCUACUGUGGAUCGGCCCGUUCUUCGAGGAGCUACCACGCUGCGUCCUCGCCAGCAUCAUAGUAGUGUCCCUCAAGGGAAUGUUCCUACAAGUCACCGAAUUGUCCAAAUUUUGGAAACUGAGCAAACUGGACGCCAUAGUGUGGCUUGUUACAUUCAUAGUGACUGCGUUCAUUGACAUUGACGUGGGGUUGGCAGCAGGUCUCGUAGCAAGCGUGGGUACCUUAUUCUGUCGGUCACAGAAGCCCUACACUUGUCUUUUAGGAAGAGUGUUGAACACUGACCUCUAUUUGGACAUCAAGAGGUACCGUGCGGCUGAAGAGCUGCCAGGCAUCAAAAUAUUCCACUACUGCGGCGGUUUGAACUUCGCAACUAAGAAUCUGUUCAGACAGACUUUGUUCAGGAAAAUUGGCUUCCAGGCGACUGCGGAGACGCAUGACACGGACGAAGAUAACAAUCUUGCCAAGAGUGAUUCGUGCGAGUGGGAGCCCAGUAAGAAUGUGAUAAAAUGUGUGAUUAUCGACGCGACUGCGCUAUCGUACGUGGACGGGCCGGGGAUCAAGAGUUUGGUUUCUGUGCAGAAGGAGUUGGUGGCCAGCAACGUCACAGUGCUGCUGGCUGGGGCUAACGCGCCCGUCUUAGAAAUGAUAGACAAAUACAACACUUUGGAGUCUGACAGGCUUCAAUUGGACACGUUUCCUACGGUACAUGACGCUGUAGUAUACUACAAAGUGUUAGAGGCGAAACGACAGAAGACGGCGGCUAUCAAUAUAGCGUGACAUUGUUGAAAAUAUGGCGCAUAAGUUGACUUAAGCGUGGUUAGGUGUCAGUCCGAACUAUGGCCGUCUACUUUGUUAACUUAUUCUAUUCCAAACUAAUAUUAUAAGUCUGUUUGUAUGACACAUUCUUGGGGA